GGCUUCGUUAUUCGAGACAACGCAGCAUGAAGCGAAAGACGAACCCAAUCGAGGCGGCCCCGCUGCCCACCUGCUCCGCGAUUGGGCCGGAGGACAUGGUGCUGGUCGCCUGCACCUCUGGCGAAACCUUCCUUAUUGAGCGCAACUGUGCCCUUCUCAGUUCCCACUGCCGAGACACACUGAUGCUGUGGGAGAACACCAUUCGACGCACAGCGAAUCUCAAUCGAAGUGAUCGGAGCUCCGUGACGCCGACGAUUACACCCAUCGAUUCAGGGUCGAAUGGAUUUCCCGGCUCCAGCAGCGGCGGCCUUCGCGUGCUGGCCGACCUCGCCGAGACCCCAAACACGACGAUUCCUUUUAUGUCUGCAUGGGACGCCGAUGCGAAGGAUCGGACUGCGGCGGCGACUUCGAUAGAGGCUCAGGUGCAGCUCGUGCCCAUCCAGACAGUCGCGGAGCGCUAUCAGCAGCGCAUGGACGGCGUCACACCGUCAAAGGUGGAACGCCCUUCCUCGUCGAAGAACGCGUCCAGCCACGGUGACCGCAAAGGCGUCGUGGUUGUGCCCAAGUCGGUCAGCCCUCUCGCGCCGUUGGAGGACGUAGAUGGCUCCUGGCUCUACCCCGUCGUUCAGCUGCCUUACGUGACCCCACAGUUGCUGGAGUCCGCGCUCGCCUACGCGUCCAAGAAGUACAAGAUGGACAUAGACGGAGACAAGGUGACGGGAGAGUCGGUGCCGCCGGUGAGCGCGAUCGCGACGGGGGAGCAGUGGCAGAUGAUGGCAGCCGCGGUACUCACGGGGAUUUGAGCUGGAACGUUGAGCGAAGCACGAGCAUCCACUAACGUGUGUGGAUGCAUUGUCUCGAGUUGUUGUGCGUGUGCGUGUGUGUGCGUGUGUGUGCGUGUGCUUGGAUGGAUGUACAGUAGUUCUCUGAAUGCUUCUUAUACCAACGC